AUUACUUGUCUAUCUAAGGUUUUCGCUUUUUCUUGCGAUUUUUUCCAACCCUAGGGUUUCAUUUGAAACGGGUCGGACCCACACUGGACGCAAGCACACGAUUCCACCUCUUACAGCGUUGCUCUCUUUCUGCUUUCGAGAUCUAAGCUUUCCUGAUUGGGGGUUGCUUUCACGAUAUUUCGGCUGUGGGGUUGGGUUCUGCUGUCAUUUUCGCGAAUCAGACAAAAAAGCUUAAGUAAUUUUGAGUUGGAUUUAAGGUCUGGGGUUGGAGUAUUGCUGGAGUUUUGAGGUUUUACUGGAUUGAGUUUUGGUUUGGUCUUUAAUUUGUUGGCUUGAAUUGUAAGUAAUUUGGAGGGGAAAAUGGUAGAAUUAUCUAUUUAUGCCGACGGCAAAAGGCUUUUGCGAAGAUGUAUGUUAUGUUUCUUUGGUGUGGUGGAAUUGAGGUGUGUGGGGAUGAUUCGCAUUUUCUGAUCGGGCGCUUAACGAGGUAAUGGUCUUGAAAUUCUUCUAAAAGUUGAUUUCUUUUAUGAUCACUGGAGAAGGUUUUGAUAUGUGCAGAAUUUGGGGUUUGAAUUUAUGGCACCAACCAUUCCAAUAGAUUUCACAGGACAGAGGGAAUCUAAGAACUUCUCGAUCUCGAAGACGCGGUUGGGCAAUGUGAUGGGGAAAACAAGAAAAGUUUCAAAGGGGUAUUCCACUGGUUUCGUGCCGGAUUAUCGUCAUGCCGUGGAGUCAGUGGCUGAAUCAGAAGGUUUUGGGAGCUCAGGUCGUCUUGGUAUAGAAUUGACAGCGUCCGACGAAUCUUCUGCUCUUAAAAGGAAAUGCAUUAACCUGAAUGUGGGUGGUUACGAUAUAUAUGUGCCAAUGCGUACCUUCUCCUUGUCUAAGAUGUCACAAUCGGAUAGGAGGGAUUUGGAAAUGCGGUUGAAAAGUGAGCUUGAACAAGUUAGGAUGUUUCAGAGGAAGAUAGCUUCUCUGGAUGCCCUGACACUUCCACCCACUAAUCAGACUUCUAGUUACGAUAAUGGCUCGAACAGACAUGCUAUGGCGGAAAGUUUUCCAGUGUCCAUGAAUGAUGUUGCUAUGGUGCCGGGAAGGAAAAAGUGCCCUCCUGGAAGAAAUGGGCCCCGUACUAAAGGUGGGGCUGUGGCAGGUAGGAGGACCGAGUCAUUAAAACAGGGUCUGCCGCAGAGUAACAAUUUUGUGAUGUUAAUGAAACAGUGUGAGGCUCUGUUAACUCGAUUGAUGACCCAUCAGCAUGCUUGGAUCUUCAGUGAGCCAGUUGAUAUCGUAAAGCAUAAAAUACCUGACUACUUUAAUGUUAUUAAGCAUCCUAUGGAUUUGGGUACAGUAAAAAAAAAGUUAUUUUCAGGUCAGUAUUCGAGUCCAAUGGGGUUUGCUGCAGAUGUGAGGCUCACCUUCAAAAAUGCAUUGACUUACAACCCAGCUGGACAUGAUGUCCAUGUCAUGGCUGAGGUUAUGAGUAAAUUUUUUGAAACAAGAUGGAAACCUAUUGAAAAGAAAAUUCCAAUCACUGCAGAUGAACCUACAGCCUCAAAGUCUAGUGUCAUUGUAGAACCUGAAAGCGCUUAUGUACCUCCCACUAAGAAGCAGAAAACUGCUUCUAUAGAAAACAAGGUCAACCAAGAAUGUGGUAAACGAGGAAUGAAUGAUUUUGAGAAGCAAAAACUGAGUGCAGAGUUGGAGGCCUCAUUGGCGGAACUGCCCGACAGUAUAAUAGAUUUUCUUAAACAGAGUACUUUGAAUGGCAGUAGUCAAGUAAGUGAGGAUGAGAUUGAAAUUGACAUUGACACUCUUAAUGAUGAUACCCUAUUUACAUUACGAAAACUUCUUGAUGAUUAUCUACUGAAGAAGGAAAAAAGUCAAGCAAAACAGAAGCCUUCUGAAAUUGAGGUACAUGAUAAGUCAGGGUUUAGCAAUUUAUCGGCACUGAAUUGCAGAGAUCAUGAGCCAGUUGAUGAGGAUGUGGAUAUUGGUGGAGAUGAUCCACCACCUAUCUCCAGUUCUAUACCAGUGAAAGUUGACAAAGAUGCUACCCAGAGGAACAGUAGUUGCAGCAGUUCGAGUAGCUCCAGCAGUGAGUCAGGCUCCUCUUCCAGCGAUUCAGAUUCAAGAGGUUCUGAUGUCGGCAAGAAUUCAGUUCCUGUAAAUACUGUAAAUGAAACCAAAACUCCUAGAAUAGAGCAGAAGGCAAGAGAUGGAGGCGAUCGAAACAGUGGAGGGGAGAGUGGUCUACCAGACAGGGAAGUCUCCCCCGAAAAGCUUUACCGUGCAGCUUUAUUGAGAGGCCGGUUUGCUGACAUAAUUAUCAAAGCCCAAGAGAAUACCAUUGGAAAAGGAGAAAGCCCAGAUUUUGAGAAACUAAAGCUUGAGAAAGAGGAGCUCGAAAGGCGAAGAAGAGAAGAGAAAGCUCGCUUGCAAGCAGAGGCUCGAGCUGCAGAAGAAUCUAGAAGAAAAGCUGAAGAAGAAGCUGCAGCAGAAGCCAAGAGGAAAAGAGAACUUGAAAGGGAAGCGGCACGUCAGGCUCUGCAGAAGAUGGAGAAGACUGUUGAGAUCAAUGAGAAUAACCAGUUUAUGGAAGAUCUAGAAAUGUUUAGGGGUGCUCCAGAUGAGCAUAUAUUCAUAGAAGAGGGAAGCCCUGAAAAUUCUCCAAACGGUCUUGGUAGUUUCAAAUUUCCGGCAAGUAGUAAUCCAUUGGAGCAACUUGGAUUAUACAUGAAGAACGAAGAGGAGGAAGAGGAGGAAGAAGUUGAACCUCAAAGCGUUCCAGAUGCAUCAAAUGAUCUAGAAGGAGACAGUGAUUGAUUAAUCCUUUCCAAUUUUCAGGAGGGUGCGAAGUAUACUGAAAACUAGUCCUGAAAAUGUUCCUGUCAAUUUAGAAAACCAUCGCCAAUUUUUCCUUGGCUCUCUGAAUAGAUCCAUACGUUCAGCUGAUUAGGCCCCUGCAGGGGAAUUAAGUCCUGCCAGUUUGUAAUGCCGAUCGAAACCGACUUUUCCUGUAUCUUUGUAGAUGAAUUCGGAGUUUGCUGUUGAUUAGGGGCAGCAGUUUUUUUGGUGCAUGUCAUUUGUGAGCAAAGGUACAUGCAGUUUAUAUGGAAAUUC